AGUUUUCUCCACCUCUUCCGGAAAACAAGAUCCCGAGGCACGUCGCUGCUCGGUCCGAUCCCCGGCGAUUGAUUACCUGAUCCGUGGGAUUGAUGUGUGAUCGGUCUGACUCGAUGGAAAGUCCAAAUACUGGACCCAAACUGAUACUGGUUUUCAGCGGGAAACGGAAGUCUGGAAAAGAUUACGUUACGGAUAUGAUCCUGGAGCGUUUAGGGGAGGACGUGUGCUGCGUCGUGCGUCUUUCUGCGCCCCUCAAGCAACAGUAUGCUCAGGAACACGAUCUAGACCUGGACCAGCUGUUGGGUCCGGGUCUUUACAAGGAGCGCUAUCGGGCUGAUAUGAUUCGCUGGGGUGAAGCUCGACGACAGCAAGAUCCGGGAUUCUUCUGUCGCCUAGCAACCAGAGGAACCUGGCAACCAGUUUGGGUGGUGAGUGAUGCGCGGCGGCUGUCGGACCUGCAGUGGUUCUGGACACACUUUCCUCAACAGACCCGGUGCGUCAGAGUCAAAAGUAGCGAGGAAACCAGGAAGCAGAGGGGGUGGAGCUUCACCACAGGUGUGGACGAUGCAGAGUCAGAGUGCGGCCUGGACAGUGGGGUGCAUUUUGAUUGGACCGUCAAUAAUGACACCGACGCCUCCUCGUUAAACGAGCAGCUGUUGCCCAUCUUGGCACUGGCCGCACAAGCUGCUGAUCAACAAGUUGAUGUUCAAAAGAAAUACCAGGACAAUUGAACGUGGUGCUUUUAUUUUAGAAAAAGCCGUCUUGUGACGGCGUCAUCACAGCAUAAAAACAUGUUUUCAUCCAGA